AUGUUUACAUUAGGCUUUACUUUAAAGGCAAGUGACUGCUUCAAAUAAAACAACUCCAAGCUUCAGGAACUGGUGGAGAGAAAGCAGAGACCAGCAGAAACACUUCUCCGCUGACCCUCGCACAGUUACCAUGGACCUGCAAAAGCAGUGGGAGAACACAGAGCCUAACUGGCAUAAGGAAAAGAUGGAAUUACUGGACCAGUUUGACAGUGAAAGGAAGGAAUGGGAAAGUCAAUGGAAAAUCAUGCAGAAGAAGAUAGAAGAGCUUUGCCACGAAGUAAAGCUUCGGAGGAAAAUCAACAGGGGUGAAGGUGCUAAAGUCCUCGGUCUCGAUCAUGAGACGGGCAUUGGGAGUGAAAUGUUGGCGCCUCCUCCAAAUGAGCCCAGCUCAGGACAGUGUGAACUCACAGAGAUGGACCACAGCAGUGCCUGGGAAGGGAAACACGGGACAGGGCAGAGCUUACUGGAUGAAGAAAACGCACUGUGUAAGGGACAAAAGCUGCCAAAGAAAUCAAAAGUAGCAUUCAUAGACCUGUUGGCUACAGGCAAACAAAAGGGCCAUGAGGCUCUACCUGGUCUUGGGACUUCAGAAGAGGAGAGGAAGAGCUGCUCUGGGGCCCUCCACACAGUGAGUAGACGACAUGGCUGUGAACUGUUUCUCAGACGCUUGCGUUUCAGGGUGCUAACCCGCUCUUGCCUCUCUGUAUAA